AUGGCGACCAGCUUUCGGCUGCGCGGCUGCAGGGCCCAGCGCCUUACGCCGAUACCUCCUGGCCGCGGUCUUUGCUCCCGCGCUGUCUGCCGGUGGCCCUCAGCGCGGCUCACGCCGGGCCCGACCCGGCUCUGCGGCUACGCAAGGGGCCUGGCGGGCCUACCCCCAGCGCUGCUGCGCACCGACGGCUUCGUGGGCGGCCGCUGGCUCCCGGCCGCCGCCACCUUCCCAGUGCACGACCCGGCCAGCGGUGCUGAGCUGGGCCAAGUGGCCGACUGCGGGGCGCCCGAGGCCCGCGCAGCCGUGCGCUCCGCCUAUGAGGCUUUCUGCAGCUGGAGGGGGGUCUCGGCCAAGGAGAGGAGUUCAUUACUUAGGAAAUGGUAUGACUUAAUGAUACAAAAUAAGGAUGACCUUGCCAAGAUAAUCACAGCUGAAAAUGGAAAACCACUGAAGGAGGCCCAGGGAGAAGUUCUCUAUUCCGCCCUUUUCCUAGAGUGGUUUUCAGAGGAAGCCCGCCGCAUAUAUGGAGAUAUCAUCUAUACUGCAGCAAAAGAUAAGAGGGCCCUGGUCCUCAAACAGCCUGUGGGUGUAGCUGCAGUCAUCACCCCGUGGAAUUUUCCCAGUGCCAUGAUUACUCGGAAGGUGGGGGCCGCCCUGGCAGCCGGCUGCUCUGUAGUAGUGAAACCUGCCGAAGACACGCCCCUCUCUGCCCUGGCACUGGCCGAGCUUGCCCACCAGGCUGGAAUUCCUCCAGGUACGUACAACGUUGUUCCCUGCUCUCAAAAGAAGGCCAAAGAAGUAGGGGAGGCUCUUUGUACUGAUCCUUUGGUAUCUAAAAUUUCCUUUACUGGCUCAACAGCUACUGGGAAGAUCCUCUUGCACUAUGCUGCAGACUCUGUAAAAAGAGUCUCUAUGGAGCUUGGUGGCCAUGCUCCAUUCAUUGUAUUUGACAGUGCCAACGUGGACCGGGCUGUAGCAGGUGCGAUGGCAUCUAAAUUCAGGAACUCUGGACAGACCUGUGUUUGCUCAAACCGUUUCUUGGUGCAAAGGGGUAUCCAUGAUUCCUUCGUGAAAAAAUUUGCCGAAGCAAUUAAGAGAGACCUGCGUGUAGGCAAUGGAUUUGAGGAGGGAACUACUCAAGGCCCUUUAAUUAAUGAAAAAGCCAUAGAAAAGGUAGAGAAACACGUAAGUGAUGCUGUUUCCAAAGGGGCCACUAUUGAGACAGGCGGGAAGCGACAUCAAUUUGGAAAAAAUUUCUUUGAGCCCACCCUGCUCAGCAACAUCACCCGGGACAUGCUUUGCUCUCGUGAGGAGACUUUUGGGCCUCUUGCACCAGUUAUCAAAUUCGACACAGAGGAGGAGGCUGUAGCAAUCGCUAAUGCAGCUGAUGUUGGGUUAGCAGGUUACUUUUACUCUCAAGACCCGGCCCAAAUCUGGCGAGUGGCAGAGCAGCUAGAAGUUGGCAUGGUUGGUGUUAACGAAGGAUUGAUUUCCACCGUGGAGUGUCCUUUUGGGGGGGUAAAGCAAUCUGGCCUUGGACGAGAAGGGUCAAAGUAUGGCAUUGAUGAGUAUCUGGAACUCAAGUACGUGUGUUAUGGAGGCCUAUAG